AUGCUCCGGGGUAAGCGCCAAAACACUCAGCCGCUCGAGGACUCCUCUGUAGCCCCCGCGACCUUCACCGACGGCCUUCCACUGCCCAAGCUGAUCGCCUUCGACCUGGACUACACGCUGUGGCCGUUCUGGGUUGACACUCAUGUCAGCGCCCCGGUGAAGGCGCGCGACCAUAAUUCGCGGGCUGUAGACCGAUGGGGUGAGUCAUUCGCCUUCUACCCAGCCGUCUCAUCCAUAAUCUACUCCUGCAAGAGCCGCUCGAUUCCCCUGGCCCUCGCCUCGCGCACAUGCACCCCGGAUCUGGCACGCGACAUGCUCAAGGCCCUGCAUAUCAUUCCGACCUUCUCCGACAACCCGGGGGCCAACGCGAAGACGACCCGUUCCUUGGAUUACUUCGAUUUUGUUCAGAUCUUCCCCAGCAACAAGACUCAGCACUUUGCGCGCAUUCAUCAGGCCAGCAGUGUCGCCUAUGAGGACAUGUUGUUUUUCGAUGACGAGGCGCGGAACCGCAAUGUCGAGACGGAGUUGGGUGUGACGUUCUGUCUCGUGCGCGAUGGUAUGACUCGCGACGAGGUUGAUCGUGGUGUCCGGGCGUGGAGGAAGAGGAAUGGGAUCAAGCCGACGGAGGAGUGA